AUGAGUCUUCUCUUAAAGCUAGAUACCAUUCAGGGUUUGCAACCGAUUGUGAGAGAUGUUAGGAAAUCGGUGGCAAAAGAGCUUGUCGGUUUUCAAGAGAAGCUUGAUUCAUUAACAUUUGUAAAAUCUAAAACCUCAAUGGAAUCACAAGACGAAGAAAAUACCAGAGAGCUUAACAACGAUCAUGAAGUCGAAGCUGCAGAUCCUAUACACCAUAUGAAGCCAGAGCAACUGGUUGAACGGAUCUAUGCCAAGCUUAAUAAAGAACAUGUUCAAGCUCAAUUUGGUAGCAAUGAUGAGGCUUUGAGGUUAGAUCUGGAGAAUCAUUAA